AACCUUAUUAUAGAAUUCUAGGUAAAUCUCCAACAUUUGAACGGAAUGUGUCAAACCCAAUGAAAGUCUACAAUAGACAAAUUUCCACCAUUACCAGAAGCUAUAAAAAGUCUAAAUAAGUCCCAUGCAUCUCAGAGGAGGAAGAAAAAGGAUCAGAAAUAAGUACAAAAUCAGAUGGCAACCACACCCUAAGGAUAACGAGGAUUACAUGACCUUCGAUUGCCUUUCACCAGAUCAAACCCAGAGAAAUAACUGGAAGAUCAUUCAUGACUUGAUUAUUCUUAAGUCUUCGAAUGAAUAUAAGAAAAUUAUUGAAGCCCUCAGGAGGAAGGACGAUCAGCCAGCUUACCUGAAACUAUUCCUUAAGGCAAGGAAUAGAAACCUUAAUCCAUGAAGAAGUAAAGCAGAUAAUACCCUAAGCGAGCUCUCCAGAACAGCAAAGGAGGUCUAUAAAAUUCGUUAUAAAGAUGGUAGUAGAAAGAAACGAGUAAAGAAGCCAACAAUUGAAAAAUCUAUGCGCCUUAAAGUAGAAAGAGAAAUUAUCCCAAAAGCUUCCUUCCUUAUGGAGAACUUGGCUCCAUUGAGGAAGAAGAAUACAAUGCAGUUUAAUGAUCUACCUCUACCUCAGAAAGCAGAAUCUGUCAAAAACAAAAGCCUAAGUUCCUGUGAAAGUUCUCAAAGUUAUGGAGGAUAUCAGAUCAAUAUAAAGGCGGAUAAUGAAUUCAAAAAAUCUCGUGCUUCUAUUAUACCGAAACAACAUGAAGGACAGAAAGAAAUCAAGGAUGAGUCGAAAGAGAGUGGAGGAACUUCAAAAGAUCCUACUGAGUCCUUAGUCACCUCAUCACUGUCAAACACCAGUUCGUAUACUUCAUCAAAGGUGUCUCGGAAUGAAGAUUUUCUGAAGGGAAGUGAGCAACAAAAGUUAGAAUUCAUGAAGAUUUGCCACUUAGAAACUUUCACACGGAGAAGAAGCAACCUUGAUAAUAUUAGAACCAAGAUCAAGCCUCAUAAAGAAAUGAAAGCUCGAGUAGCACGUAAAUCUAGGAAAACUCUACUUAAAUCAGAGUUUUCACAGAUGGUGAAUGAAAUCAGAGUCCGUCACAACCUUGUUAGAGGGUCAAAAAUUUAUAAGAAGAAGACUAUUAUUAGCAAACUGGGGUUCAUAAAGCCACAUCGUGUGGGGAAUAAGUCUUCCCAGAAGGAGUUUAAUGCUCUUCUACGCAAGAAUGGGUCAACAUUCUUUAGCUCUAAGCAAAUGAUUAAACCACUGGACUUUAUAAAACUCAAGAGGACUAAUACGCAAGGUCCGAUCGAAGCCAACCCAAAGAAUCUUAUUGAGAAAGAAAAUGAAAAGAAAAAUCAUCGCAGAGAAUCUGUCUCUAACUAUAGCAUCUUGAGCAUCCAGAAGGAGAAGGACCAGAUGGCGAAUAGGAUGAAUAGUAUUAUUCAGAAGAGCCCUACUCUAUCAAGGUACAAGAGAAGAUCUACCUUCAUGAGCAGACUUCCCCAGACCAUUAAGAAAGUAAUGAAUUUGCAAGUGAGUAAGCCACCUGAAAGGAGGAACUCUUUUCAAUCUGGCAUAUUAUCACUCAAUCCUAAUGGAGAAGACAGUGACGAAUUGAGCGCAAUUGAGAGUGAAGAAAACUCAGAUUCAAAGGAGAAGAACCAAUCUACUAAAAAAGAAACCUCCUCCAUUACUCCUAAACUAAAAGGGAAGGACAGAAGUAAAGCCUAUCAGAGAGCUUACAGGAAUCUGAAGCAAAAGUUCUUCAAAGAAAUCAAGGUGGAGAACUCUAUUGGGAAAGUUGGCGGUCACAGCAAUAAGUACCUGUACAAGAAAGAUCUUAAGCUGUAUGAUAAAGAUAGUACAAAGAUAUUUGGGAAUACUACUAUUGAUACUACUUAUGUGCAUCAGAAGAUUGAAGCCCUCAAAUCGAUAAAUGGCAAAAUGGUUGGAGAUAUGAUGAAAGUGCUUAGAAAUAAGCAUAAAAGAAACAAGCAUUGCAAAAGAAGACUCCUUUCGAGUCAUAUAAGUCCUAAAAUUAGUAUCAAUACACCAAGCCAGAUUCAGGUGUAUAAAUCGAGGAGAAGGAAGAGACCUCUACAAGCUUCUAAGGAGUUAUCGAUGAACACCUUUUCUUCUAUUAGAAGUAUUAGACAGAGCACGAAGUCAAAAAUAAAUUCGAACAUUAAGACAAAGAUCGAGACUCCUGCUUCGUAUCGCAAAAACUUCAAUAGCCCAAUACUGAAGCUUUCUCAAAGGAACACUCAGUUCAGCAAUGCCAUACCAGAUUCAGAGGAUCAGACUCCUCAGAUACGAUUUAUGAGUGCUCAUACGAUUGAGAGAAGGCCUAUUCAGUCCAGAAAUGUUUCAAACAUGCAUCUCUCCCAAUUUUCGCCUAUCCAUCACACUGCAAGGGCUCAACUAUUUGCUCUCAAAAAGCUCAAAAAGUGCAAUCGAGAUGAAAUAGACAGUAAGAAGUCUCCCAAAGCAGCUGAUAGAAGCCAUUUGAAGAAUGUUUUCUUCUCCCCAACGGUGGAAAAGCUCAAGAAAAAACCAAGAAUCAUAAUUUCAAAAGAGCAUACUAAACAUUCUAUUCUGUCUGAAGGAGCUAUUAAAUCUUCCCUUUGUUCUAAAAGGAGAGCAGUCAAUCCUGCUUUUAGGUGAAAGAAAAAGAUUUCAAAUGUGAAAAGAAGAAUCCUCAGUCCUAAAUGAGCUAUCAAUAAUAGUUUAUUGCUAAACAAAGACUUGAAGGAGCUUGACCACUAUGGUGACUCAAAUACAAUUGCUAGUAAGAUCAUGGAAAACCCAAGAUCUACAGACCAAAGUAACACAAGAAGAGAUAUGGACAUUCAUGAUACUUUUGCGAUAACUUCUCCAGGCUUAAUCUUAGCAUAAGUAUCUCUUAAAGCCUCAUAAAAUGAUCUAUGACUAUUUU